UCAGUGCAAAGCGCGCUCCCGAGACAAGACUACUCCUUUCCAGGAGUUCGUUCCUGCACAACACCGGAAAAGACGGUGGCCAUGGAGGGGCAUGUCGAAUUGUUUUCUUACGAAAAAGCGUUGCUGGACUUUGAUUGACCGUAUGUGAAGGAUCUUCGGGCUCCUCUUUGGUCUUAGAAUCGCCCCAGGCAUUGCUAAAAUAUCGUAUUUAAAUCGUGGAGGAAAAUGCUGAUGUAUUUUGAGCUUUUCUCAGAUGAAUAGCCAGGUUUAGCAUCUUCCCCAGCUUUAAUUGGAAGCCUCGCUCUGUGGAUUAGCUCAGCUGUUUGUCAAAGCAUGAGGAGCGCGUUCAGAGAAAUGAUAGAGACGGGAGAAUAGCAGACCACACCAGCAAGAUGGAUAAUCGCCGUAAGAGGAAACUGACAUUCGCUACUAUUGGACUCAUUUUUCUUCUUAGCGGUGUGGAAUAUGCUGUGAUAUUACCCACCAUAUGGAGAUAUUUGCAGACUUUAAAUGCGGAGCCUUAUUUCCUGGGUUUAACACUGUCUGCAUUCAGUCUGAGUGGCCUGCUUUCAGGACCGCUGUUUGGUCACUUGUCCGACAGAACCCAAACCACAAAGAAGAUCAUUUUGUUUGCCAACUUUUUCGAAAUAAUUGGUAAUUUAAUGUAUUUUAUGGGCUACUCCAAGUGGCUUUUACUGUCCAGUAGAUUGGUAGCAGGAAUCGGCACCGGAGCCGGCUCAUCCAUCUUUGGCUUUUUGACCCGAAGCACAGCGUCUGAGGACCGUGCCACCGUCUUUGCUGCUGUCAUGGCAUGUCGACAGGCUGGCCUUUUGAUAGGUCCUGCAUUUAACAUCUUCCUCAGGCUGUGUAAUUUCCAUUUGGGCUCCUUUGUCGUUAAUAAAUAUACUGCGCCGGGGCUGUUUAUGUGCCUGCUGUGGAUUCUCCUUCAACUGGUUGUGGUGUUUAUGUACUGGGACCUUCCAUAUUUGGAGAGGAGGAAGACCAAAGAUAGUGUAAUACACAAGGAGGAAGAGAACACACACGCAUCUGUGGAAGAUGAGGAAGAAGGAGACGAAGAAGUAAAGCCGCUAAUGACGUCCCAGGAGCUUGUGGGAUCCUACGGCUCUGUGGUGGCACCAGACCCCUGCAGGAAACACUCCCGUGUUUCCUCUAUUCAUAAUUCUCCAAUUUCCUCCCCUGUAACGUCUCAAUCCCAUGAGCAUGUUACAUCCCUAAAGAGUUCCAGCUUAUACAGAGAGUUCCUGAGAGAGGAGGUGGUCGUGCUCCUGGCUGCCCAGUUCAUCACCCUUUUCAACCAGACGGCUCUAGAGACCAUGGUGACACCCCUGACCCAGAAGUAUUUCAACUUUGGGGAGCUGGAGAACAGCGUGAUGUAUUGUCUCGGUGGCGUGGUGGUGAUUGCUGGAUUCCUGUUUGUGCGCUGGCUCAGCAAACAUGUAGCGGAGCGGGUAGUUCUCGCCAUCGGCUUGACCAUUUGCAACAUCUCCUGUAUCUGGUGUCUCAUAUUCUUGGCUAAACCUUUAGGAGGCUUCUCAUGGCAGUUGACCGAGUUCAUCAUCGGAGUGUUUCUGCAGGUUUUGGGUCUACCGUUUGUUGCUGUGGCUCAGGUGUCCCUCUUCUCCAAAAUUACCUCUGAGAAAACUCAAGGUUUCAGUCAGGGGGUCCGUCGCUCAGUGGGGGGUUUGGCCACCAUCCUGGGCCCGCUGUGGGCUGGUGGGCUGACCGACAAUAUGUAUGUAAUGAUGGGAGUGAUGGUGGUACUACUGGUAAUGUUGACAAUAAUGCUGGCAUUUUCAUAUAACCGGCUGGUGGAACCUGCGGAAGACCAAAUAGACAUUUCAGUAAAUGGAGGUUAAAUCUGCAGUUCUCUAAAAGAGAAAUAACUAAGUGCAGCAGGGUCUCCCUGAUCUCCGUCUUCUGUCUACAGUGGAACAGUUGUUGGGGAUGAAGCACACAGGAGAACGUGGCCCUCUGAUCAAACAGCUGCUUGUGCAUUUUAGAGGAAUACCACCUUGCUGCAUGUUUCCUAUGGAAAUAAUAAAAUCCUUCUAGGAAUGCAUGUAGGGAGAAAAAAAAAUGCUUCCAUCACAGUUAGACACGGCUUAUGGUGCGCCGUCUGUACAUUCUGUUCCAGGACACCAGCUUUAAAGACCAACAAUGAACCAAAGGUUUUGUGAAUUUCACUGACUGAAAGGUUCUUCUUUUUUGUUUUAAUAUUUAGAAGUGAUUUAUGCAAUAUAUUUAACUUGGUAUAAUUAUGGUCUGCAUUAAUUGUUAUAAUUUCAAUAAAACAGAGUUUUAUACUUUGUCAAUGUCAUUUUUGUUUGUCAAAUUAUUUUAAUUAUUUAAAAUGAUGGUGUUAUUAGGUGCUAACAUGAGCAAACAUGGUGUAUCUGAGGUUUUUCUGGAGUGUUUCAACAAACUGAAGUCUUAAUAGAGAAUUUUGAUUUCAUUUUGCAUGUUUGCUUUCUUCAUGUUUUAUAUUUUACUCAUGCAAAUAACAAUUAAACUAAUUUCACUUUCAGGAA